AUGGUUUACGUUGCCAGCCAGUCCGUGACAUCUGACCCCAUACAUGGACAGCUUGGAACACUGCCCGAAGAAAAUGCUGAUGUAGAGCAGCUUUCCUCGGAGGUUCUACGACACCCCUCACUUUUUGUUGCUAGGCGAGGAGCGAUAACACAGCCCCAAAAGAAGAAAUUCGAAUUCCGAACUGAAGAAAAGAAAGAAAGCUUGGGCAUUUCAACCACAACAAAUGACCGAGGUAACCACAUCGAGUGGCGGUACCUCCGGCAAGAGGAAGGCCCCAAAGGUAACAUGAGGCAGGGAAGUAUGCACGCCAAAAUUGAACAGAAGAGGCUGAACCAGACAAUUCCAGCUGCAAAAUAGAAGGAACGCACAAACCCCAAGCAGCGCGGUUGUAUUCCACAAACGACUAAACUAAUCAUUGAAAGAUGCUCGUAUACAAGAUUAGAUUUACAUUAUUUUGUUCCAGGGUCCUCUUAAAUUGAGUUUGCAAGAUCCCUAACAAUCAUACUGUAACCUAAAUUUAAUUACGUGUA